CGGGAACGCAGCGCGCGCGCGCGUCAAAAUGGCGGAUCAGUGACGUUUGUUAAUCUGUGGUUAAUCGAUGUUGGCGGGAAUUGUGUGACGUUUAGUGUAUUUUUUAUGGAGUGUUCUUUUUUAAUAGAUUUUAGUUCCGGCUGGUGAGGAGUGAAAUUUUGGAUAAGUCCCAAAUAAUAUGACAUUUUUAGUUAAAUAAAAAUAGAUUAUUAUAAUUAAAGAAAACAAGUGGAAGGCGAUAUAAUUGGCAUCGAAAGGGAAAAUAAAAUAGAAAAUAAUAAUGAUGUGGCUGAACUGUAUUUAGUUUUGGAUACAAUAGCCAUACACAAGAAACUGAGGCCAUGAUACAAUCGAAUAUAUGUGUAAAUAUAUUUCCAUCGAAAUAGAUACUACAAUACCUAUGGAUAAAACAGAUAGUGAUAAUAAUGAAGAACCGCGUGAUGGUGAUACGAAAAGUGGUGUAGGUGUGAUUGGAAACAGUGAAAAUGGCGAAUUUCAGUGAAAUAGUGUUAGUGUUCGUGAUUCUAAUCAGGACGAGUAUGGAAAUAAUAGAAUCAAAUAUAAUACAAGUGUGGUCCGCGCCAGGCGGGGAAACCCGGAUGCCGUGCGACCUGGCCGCGUCAGCUCGAGACGUCGCCAUGAUGAUGUGGUUCAAAGAUGGUGACAGGAUGCCCAUAUACACGGUAGACUUCAGAAACGGUCCGCCCAUACACUGGGCAGUAGCCGGGGAGUUUGGCACCAGGUCACACUUCGUUUUGAACGAGUCAGAUCCAUCAUCAGCUCACCUGGUGGUCGAGAAGGUGACGCAGUAUGAUGAGGGCGUAUAUCGAUGUAGGAUUGAUUAUAUUGAUGCACCAACAAGGAACUAUAGAGUCAAUUUAACCGUUAUUGUCCCUCCGGACUCCCCUCGGGUGCUCGACAGUGAGGGAAGGGAGGUGCAGGGGAGCUUGGCUGGGCCGUACCGGGAGGGACAAGACCUUAAGCUCACCUGCCAGGCUGAUGGUGGUAAACCACCACCAGACAUAACUUGGUACCAUGGAGAUGACAGGCUCGCUAUAGCGCGAGACGCUACCAGCUGCCAGGUUCACAUCACUGCGCUAUCUCGAGAGAUGAGUGGGGCCAAACUUCGCUGUCGUGUAGACCCGCCCCUGUUGAAGCCGAUGGUUAAAGAUGUCACUUUGAAAUUGUAUUUAAAACCUCAAUACGUACGGGUGACUGGGGGUGGACCUACGAGAGCGAGCCACGAACGCUCGUUCGUCUGCACUACGCGGGGGUCCAAACCGGCACCUAACGUCGACUGGUUCAUAAACGCCCAGAGAAUUGACUCAUCUUUAACUCAGGUAGAAGUAGACAGUGAGGUCACGAAGAGUAUACUGACUUGGAGAGUGAGGCGGGAGGACAGUGGGAGGGAGCUGGUCUGCCGCGUCUCCAACCCUUGGUUUCCAGCUUAUACCUUGGAGGACUCCAUCAUUCUGGAAGUUCUAUAUCCACCAAUUCCUCAAAUAUCGCUGAUCGAGCCUCGCGACAGCCGCCAGCUGCGUGAGGACCAAGACGCUGUUCUGCUCUGUUCGGCUGACGCUUCCCCACCAGCUUUCAACUUCUCCUUCUAUAAAGGCUUCGAGGAUCACUUAGUGCGAGAUGAUCCAAUCGGGGGCAUAUCGAUAGAAGGUCAGAAGCUCUUUCUCCACGAACUGAGGCGGCACCACUCCGCGAGGUACAGAUGCCGGGCUUGGAACUCGGAGGGAAGUGGACUGAGCGAGCCGUUGAAUUUGAAUGUAUUGUCUCGGCCUGAAUGUUCAGCUGGCAGCGUAGUCCAGCAGAUAGCUGGUGCUCCAGGCGGUGAGGUGCGGGCGAGGUGUUCCGUCAGUGCACCGUCAGCAAGAGACGCUGGCCCUCUGAAAUUCUACUGGACGUAUAAUGGCACAAAAGAUGUCCUGCCUAUACCAGUCUCAAACGUGACAACGAUGGGAGCAAGCAGUACUGUUAUCCACGGCCUGCCGAAUGUUGAGGGGGAUGAGGACUUGGGCUGGCUCGCUUGCUGGGCGAGAAAUGAUAUUGGAAACCAACGGGAGCCGUGCUUGUUCAGAAUAAUGCCGGCUGGUUACCCAGAACCACCCAGCAAGUGUGAAGUAGACGGCAGCUAUAUACGCUGUGAGGCCGGGCAUGAUGGAGGCCUGCCACAGUGGUUCGUGAUGGAAGCCCUUGGUGUGAAGCCGUAUGAACAUGUGAGGAAUGAGAUCGAUUCCACCAUGAAUGACCAGGGUAUAUCAGGCCGAGGUCUAACAGAAACGGUGUACAAGGCAAGCAACGAUGCAACUCCGCAGUUUCCUCUAGACGCCCUGUCGCCAGGCCGUUACACCUUCCUGAUUUACGCGGAGAACCCAAGGGGGAGGUCUUUGAGGCCUGCUGCCUUGCAUGGUAUACCCGUCAGGACUAUUGAUGAUCUGGAUAGACCUGAUUCACUUCAAACCAUGACGCCGGCCCCACCACAAGCGCCCAUAGCUCCCCAAGACAACGGCGUGGCCCUGCUCGUAGGAGCAGCCUUAUCACUUGUGUUACUCACCAUAUUAACGACCAUUUGUGUGACGAUGGUGGUCAUGUGUAAGAAGAAAACUCGACCGAGACGAGAUAAUGAAGAGAAUGCGACUACCCGCAACGUAGGAGUCUCGAUGUACAGCGGCAUGUCGCCCAGUAUCGUCCCGACCGUGGUGGUGCGCGGACGCGGGUCGCGCGUGCUCGCGGCGCGCUGGUCCGGCGUGCUGGAUGAUACACCGCUCGCUGUGCUGGCGCUGGAUAGGCGACCUCAUGCAGAUACAGAUAGCAACAGCGAUGGUGACAUUCACGAAACGGAAUUAAUAAGGCACGAAAAUAUGGAAACGCAAACUGAUUCUUAGGCGAACGAAGUUAUUAUUGCAGUUCUUCAUUAACUAACAGGAGGCAAUUCAGUUCAUCAUCAUUUUUAGGACCAUUUUUGAUAAAACAAGUGCCAAAUUAGGAGAAUGAAGUUGUUAGAUUGUGUAAGCUAAAAUGCAAUUUACUUAUUGCAUUAAAUUUACGAACCCAAGUAUCGACGGAACUUAUAGUUCGAUGCGCCCCAUAUUAAAGAAUAAUUUUAAUAAUAUAACGAAUGAAUAAAUCUUUUCUAGAAAGGUUAAUAGGAUACCAGGAUACCACUACAGAUUCUAAAAUGGGACCAAAUGAAAAAGUAUCCUAUUAAACAAGUAAUGAAUUACGGCAUCGGGUUACCGAUUGUCGUAAUUGAUCGAUAAUUAUAAUAUUUUAAAUAACAGAACCAAAAAAAAAAAACGUUGAAUCGAGAAUCUCCCUCGUUUUUGGAAACGUUGGUCUGAUAAAGACGCUGGUUCGAACCCACUUCAUCAUCGAAUUUUUUCAAUUCUCUUAAUUUUUAAUUUACUUAAAAAUCGCAUUUAAUGCUGUUUAAAACCAAAUAACGAUAAUGAAAAAUUAAAUAUUUUUCCAUCCGAUAAACAUGAAUCGUUGUAGAUCUUAGAUAAGCCUUCGGACUAUUUCCAUAUAGGAUUUUUUGAGUUAGAUUAUAUGCAUGCAGUAUUAUUAGCGUGAUGUAUAGUUAUUUCGUAUUUAGUUUUGUAUAUAUACCAAAGAUUACCAGUUUGUGUAGCACCUACAUUUCUAUAAUACGGGUAUUGAUUUCCAUUACUAGAAUAAGGGACCCUUUAAUUUAUCUCACCGAUAGUGCAGGUUUUAAUUUAUUGUGAGUACAUUUAUGCAGCCAUGGAUUGAACCUUUGUUUUAUUUAACUGGGUUGUUUUCGAAUUCUGUUUGCAGCAUGAAUAUGUAUGUUUGAAAUGAUUUAGUUUGAAUUAAUUGUGGAGUCCGCUAUUACAUGUAAAAUUUGUGGAUUCCUAUUUUUUAUAACGCCAAAGUUUAGUUGUAUCGAUUCAUGGAUCGUUAAAUUAAUAAGUAUGAAUAAAUAGAUCACAAUUUUCAAUUUAAUCUAUUUUAUACAGUUGUGGUAAUAUUUUUAAUAUGGUAUCAAAGUAUAUAUUUUUAUAAACUACAUACCUAAAUAGGGAAAUAUUAAAAAUAAACUGUCACUUAACUUAUUUUACUUAUCUGCCAGUA